CUAAACUAAGGAAAUGGCAAUGAGAAUGCAAGAAAAUGAUUACCCGAGUGUAUAAAGGAAAAUUUAAUUACCAGGAUGAAGGGACAAGGAAAGUACAGGGUAUUUCUGAAUAAGAUGAAAGUUCUCCUUCUGAUCACAGCCAUUUUGGCAGUAACUUCUGGUUUCCCGGUCACUCAAGACCCGGAAAGAGAAAAACCAAGUGUCACUCAGAGCAAUGAAUCACCUUCACAGUUUUAUGGACCCCCUUUCCCAUAUCCAUUGGGCCCAUAUUAUGUACCAUUCCUGUAUCGAGGAUAUCCAUGGUAUCCAUAUAAUUUUCCUAUUCCAAUACCUCUGUCUGGCCCUACAACUACACCUUCUAGUGGCCAGUAAAUAAGAAAAAAAAGUCCCACUGCAAUUUAAAAUGAAAUAGGUGGUCUCUACAAAGUUGAAUGUGAGCCACUUUCCUGAAGAGUCAAUAUUCCUGCUAAUAAAAUAAAAACAAAUAUAACUGAAGUAGCAUCA